AAACGAAAAUAAAAAAAAUAAAAAUGACUGGAAGAAAAGUACUCACUGUUCCUGAAAGACAUACACAAUCGCAUGUCAGUUUUGUUCAGGGAUGUAAAGGUGCAGCAAUGGGUGCUGGUCUUGGCCUAGUCGCUACUCUUCUCUCAUUUCGUUUCUCACCUGCUUUCAGAGCCUUAAGUAGACCCUAUCAAUAUUCUAUGCUUGCUUCAGGUGGCUUUACAGGCUAUAUGUUUGGAUCUGAGCGUGCUGCAUUUAAUUUUAAAAAUAAAACAUUGGGCUAUGUAGAUCAUCGAACAAUGGAUUCUCGUGCUUAUGAAAAUUAUAAAGCUUUAACUUUUGAGCCUCGUGAAAGAUCUUUACGUUUCUUGAAUAAUCAUCGUUGGGCUAUCUUAGGUACCACUUGGGCUUCAACUAUGGCAGGUGCUUAUGGCUAUAGUUUAUACCUUACUAAACUUUCUUCUCUUAAACAAAGAUUCUUCCAUGCUCGUAUUUACGCUCAAUUCGCAACUUUACUCGUUUUACUUGCCUCUGCUGGAUUAUCCUACUAUGUUGACAAGAAUGAUAAACUACUAUUUAAAGAUAUGUCUGAAAGUAAGCUUCGUGCUAUACUUGAGUUGCCUGUGCCUGAAAAAAAUAAGCAGCAUGUUGCUUAAACAUUUUUUUUUUCUAUUCACCUUUUUUUUUUUUCAACCCCCUUUCUUUUUAACUUCAUCAACAAUAUGUAUUUAUUUGCUUUUUAUCAUCUUUUGCAUUUUUAUUUUAUUUCAUUAUAUUUAUUUAUAAUAAAUGAUAGUAUUUUGGAUUUUAUUUAUUGAAA